AUGAACAAAACUGCAAAGAUACAAUUCUUCUUUCGCCCAUUCUCUUCUGACCCCGAGGUCCAAAUGGCGAUUUUCAUGGCCUUCUUGGUGAUGUACCUGACCAGCCUGAGUGGAAAUGCCAUGAUUGCUGUCGUUGUCCAUAUCAGCCCUUCCCUCCACACCCCCAUGUACUUUUUCCUGGCCACCUUGGCGGUCCUGGAAAUCUUCUACACAUCUUCCAUCGCACCCCUGGCCUUGGCAAACCUUCUCUCAAUGGGAAAAACUCCUGUUUCCCUUGCAGGUUGUGGGACCCAGAUGUUUUUCUUCGUCUUCUUGGGAGGAACCGACUGUGUUCUGCUGGCGGUCAUGGCUUACGACCGGUUUGUGGCCAUCUGCCGGCCGCUGAGAUACAGCCUCAUCAUGCGCUGGCGUGUGUGUGUGGAACUGGUGGCAGGGAGCCUGGUGCUGGGGUUCCUGCUGUCGCUGCCACUGACCACGUUAAUUUUCCACCUCCCUUUCUGCCACAGCAACGAGGUCUACCACUUCUACUGCGACAUGCCUGCCAUCCUGCGCCUGGCCUGCGCAGACACACACGUGCAUGAGAUGGCCCUGUACAUCACUAGCUUCCUGGUCCUCAGUGUACCCCUCACACUGAUCUCCAUCUCCUAUGUCCUCAUCGCGCUGGCAAUCGUGCAGAUCCGCUCAGCUGUGGGGCGCCGCCGAGCCUUCUCCACCUGCUCCUCUCACAUCUCAGUGGUCCUCCUGCAGUACGGCUGCACCAGCUUCAUCUAUCUGUCCCCUGGUUCCAGCUACUCCCCUGAGAUGGGUCGGGCUGUGUCUGUGGUCUACACUUUCAUCACCCCCAUUUUGAACCCCUUCAUCUACAGCAUGAGGAGCAAGGAACUGAGAGACACCCUAAAGAAGACCCUGAAAAAGUUCUAG